UCGAACUACACCCUCUCCACCACCCGCCUGUUCUCGGCCUGAGAACAUUCCUCGGCGGUGGUGACUUCACAACGCCCGUCAGAAGAUCAUUUCGACCCGUAAAUUCCUCGUGUUACCUUCGAUAGUCUUUCUUUCCCACCAUGUCGGACAAACCUGGCGUCUUUAUCCCGCAAUAUGCGUCCUACAACUGGACGGGCGCUCCCUCCGACUACGAGGCUCUCACGACCAACGAUAUCGGUGGCGAUUCCAGAACGGAAAACUUGAACAAAUGGUUUCAAUCCGGUGAUCAAGCAUUCAUCAUCGUGUCCUCCGCCAUGGUGAUGGUCAUGAUUCCUGGUCUCGCUUUCCUUUACUCUGGUCUCGCGCGCCGCAAGUCAGCUCUGAGUAUGAUCUGGGCUUGUAUGGCUUCGUUCUCCGUCGUCACCUUCCAGUGGUAUUUCUGGGGUUAUUCUCUCGCCUUUUCCCCGACUGCAACCAACGGCUACAUCGGUAACCUGCGCAACUUCGGUUUGAUGAGGACCUUGGCCGAUCCUAGUCCGGGCUCCCCGCUGAUUCCGAACCUCCUCUUCGCUUUCUAUGAGAUGCAAUUCUGCGGAGUUACGGCAGCAAUUAUCAUGGGAGCUGUGGCCGAACGUGGACGCAUGCUACCCGCAAUGGUGUUCGUCUUCAUUUGGGCCACGAUUGUGUACUGUCCUCUGGCGUGCUGGGCAUGGAACGUGAACGGUUGGGCCUACAAGUACGGAGUUUUGGAUUAUGCUGGUGGUGGUCCUGUCGAGAUCGGGUCUGGUCUGUCGGCACUUGCCUACUCCAUGGUCCUGGGCCGUCGCCAGGAGCGCAUGAUGCUGAACUUCCGCCCACACAACGUCUCUCUCAUUCUACUGGGAACCGUUUUCCUUUGGUUCGGAUGGCUGGGAUUCAACGGUGGCUCGGCUUUUGGAGCGAACCUUCGUGCCACCAUGGCUUGCUGGAACUCUAACUUGACCGCUGCCUUCGCCGGUAUGACUUGGGUUCUUCUCGAUUGGCGCUUGGCUCGCAAGUGGUCCAUGGUCGGUUGGUGCUCCGGUACCAUCUCGGGCCUCGUUGCGGCCACUCCGGCUUCUGGUUUCGUCCCUCCCUGGGCUAGUGUGAUCCUCGGUGUCGUGACCGGUAUUGUUUGCAACUACUCCACCAAGGUGAAAUACUGGAUCCGUAUCGACGACUCGAUGGAUGUGUUCGCGGAACACGGUGUUGCGGGAAUUGUCGGUCUUAUCUUUAACGCCCUUUUCGCGGACGAUGCGAUUGUUGGACUGGACGGUGUCAACACUGGAUCAGGAUCCGGAGGUUGGCUGAUCCACAACUACAAGCAACUCUACAUUCAAAUCGCCUAUGUCGUCGCUACCUGCGCCUACUCGUUCGUCAUGUCCGCCAUCAUCGCCUACGCCAUCAACGCCAUUCCCGGGUUGAAACUGCGUGCCUCGGAAGAAGCCGAACUGCUGGGUAUGGACGACGACCAGCUGGGUGAAUUCGCCUACGACUACGUUGAAGUCCGUCGUGACUACCUCGCCUGGACCCCUCAGCAGCACAAUCAGCUCGAAGACGGCCACCAGAUCCCCGCCGCGGCGCGGUACGGAAUCGGCGAGCACAGUGAGAUGAUGCUGGACGGCCACGCCCCGGUUGGUGUGGACAGUCGCGGAUGCAGCGAGGGUGACUCGGGCAUCCAGGAGCUGAAGAUGCAGCCUGCGCCGCGACAGGUAGCAGAACACCACGCGCCGCAUGAGCCCGAGCCGGUCGAAGAGCCUAUCCCGCCGACUCAAAUCAACGAAAAGGUGACGACCUGAGUCGAACUUUUCAUCUUUUCUAACUUCUUAAUGUCUUCUGUCUUCUUUUCUCUUUCUGUGAUAUCCAGCGAUGCCUUUCUUAUUAGCCCGGCUGAGCCACUUUUUUGUUUUGUACAUGUAUUACAUUUGGCGGCGAUUUGGUUUGGCGU